GAUCGGAGGGGGAGACCAUGACCUCCAGCUACGGGCACGUUCUGGAGCGGCAACCGGCGCUGGGCAGCCGCUUGGACAGCCCGGGCAACCUCGACACUCUGCAGGCGAAAAAGAACUUCUCCGUCAGUCACCUGCUAGACCUGGAGGAAGCCGGGGACAUGGUGGCGGCGCAGGCGGACGAGAGCGUGGGCGAGGCGGGCCGGAGCCUGCUGGAGUCGCCGGGACUCACCAGCGGCAGCGACACCCCGCAGCAGGACAAUGACCAGCUGAACUCAGAGGAGAAGAAGAAGAGGAAGCAGCGGAGGAACCGGACCACCUUCAACAGCAGCCAGCUGCAGGCUCUGGAGCGCGUCUUCGAGCGGACCCACUACCCCGACGCCUUCGUGCGAGAAGACCUGGCCCGCCGCGUGAACCUCACCGAAGCCAGAGUGCAGGUGUGGUUUCAGAACCGAAGAGCCAAGUUCCGCAGGAAUGAGAGAGCCAUGCUGGCCAAUAAAAACGCUUCCCUGCUCAAAUCCUACUCAGGAGACGUGACUGCCGUGGAGCAGCCCAUCGUACCUCGUCCUGCUCCAAGGCCCACCGAUUAUUUCUCCUGGGGGACGGCCUCUCCGUACAGUGCCAUGGCUACUUAUUCUGCCACAUGUGCCAACAAUAGCCCUGCACAGGGCAUCAACAUGGCCAACAGCAUUGCCAACCUGAGACUGAAGGCCAAGGAAUAUAGUUUACAGAGGAACCAGGUGCCAACAGUCAACUGAGGAAAAAAAUAAUUAAACAGGCCUAAGAAGAAAUCCAAAAAACCAUAAGACACCUAUCCUGUUCUGUCAUUUCUUCAUCUGCUGGAAAAAAAAAAGUAAAAACAAACAAACCAAAAAACAGAACUAAAAUAUUGGGACCAUGGCAGAGAAGAGCAGGCGAGGAGACAAAUGAAAAUUAGUUAACACAUGCUCCUCCUCCCCUGGGAGUCCAGCGCCACUUGUUCCUGGGCAUGUUCAUUUUGUCCUUCCUUCUAUCCGUGCUUUGCUUCAUAUACUCCGAGCUUCUUCAGUUGGGUUCAGCCCGCCCACCCCCAUGGUUGUAUGGGUUUUUAAAAAGUCUACAGCAGCCCAAGAAAUCAUACAUAUAUAUAUAUAUAUUCCGAGUAAUUGCCUACAGCCUCCUCUCUGGUGUGUUUAAACCUCAGUGCCUUAAGCCGCCCUCCUUCCCAGCCCCCUGUACAGAGAAGCUCUAGGAACUUCUGAAAAACCAAAGUCUCUCUAAAGAAUCUGUGCCAGACACGAUUCCUUCCUCCCUGUCUCCAUCUCUGUUGGUUAUGGGAAGGUUUUUCCCGGCAGCUGCUGUGGAGGAAAAAGCAACUGUGCACAUCAUCUCGUCACUGGCCUGUCUGGCCGAUUCUAAGCAAUAAGCUCUAGACCGAAUCUCUAGGUGUACGCUCUAAGCUAUCAAUCACAUCACUUUCACCCCCAUCCUAGCAAUCAGCCAUCUUCAGUUAAUGAUAUUUGUUGCUUUUGAAAGGGUUGCUGUCAUGGGCUAUUUGCUACAAGGAAUAUUUUUCAUUUGAAUGAGGGAGAGAAAUGUCUCUCAGAAAACAAAGACGAGUCGUGAAAGGCGUGCCCUAACCCUUGGUGCCCUAGGGUCAUCGGGCACACACUUAUAUAUAUGCUGUACAUAUUUAUAUAUUAUAUAUCUAUAUAAAAUAUUCUUGCAAGCUUGAGUUUACAGGCUCUCACACACAACAGAACGUGACUUUCACACCGUCUCCACCGUCACUAGCUCUACAGCGAUGAGACGGUCGAUCGGGGAUCUUGUUUCCUUUCUUCUUCUGCACAGAACUCUCCUGAAGGCCACAGAGCAAUGGCCAGGGCAGCUCUUCAAGAACAGGUCUCCUGUUCGCAGUAGGGCUUUCAGUAAGCUGGGAGCGAAGUGAGGCUGCAAGCGCGCCCCCGAGCUGGCUGCCUGAACUUGGGUGCCACGCCCCUCUGUCCUGGCCAGUCCUGCACGUAGAGGGGGAGGGAACGCUGCCGUUUGGUGGCUGCCCUUUUCCUACUCAACAGGAAUCUGAAAGACACAUGUUGAAGUGGAAUACUUAAAGGGUUAUCUACAUUUCAAAAAAGGCAAUUAUGGGCUCUUUUUAUUUUCUACUUUUUUGAAAUACAGUGUGGUGGCCAGGGCUGGGAGCCAGGGCUGACCUCUCUUUGUUUCUUUCUCUUAAUUUCCAGCUGUGCUUUUGUAACUUGUCAGGUGGACUUGACCAAAUCAUAUUACCAUGCGGUGCCUCAGUUUACCUUUUUGUAAAAUGGGUUUAACAAUGCUUACCUACCUCACAGGGGUGUUGUGAGGCCCUAUUCAUUUGCUUCUUCAUUCUUUCCUGUACUCUCUGCAUGUCCAGCACUUUGUAGCCAUGGGAGGAAGGGGAUCUAUGAAAGUAUUCAAGGCUAAUGGAAGGAUACGGUACCUGGAAGCCUUGUUUUCUAGCAAGGAAAUGCUACCUUGCUGUAAAUACUUAGAACUUUCGCAUUUGGAAAUGAGAAAUAGGUUUAUAUUUACAGGCCUCUCAGAAAUCACAUCAUCUGUGAUUUCUAAAGAAUAAUUUAAGAUACACAGAGCAGACACAUUUUCAACUUAAUAUCUUCAUCCUGACCAGAUUGGUUCUAAUAAUUUUAGUUAUCUUAGUUAGAUUAAAAAACUUGAGAUCGAUUUUGGCCAAUAUGUCAACUUUGAGUGACAGGCAAGGAACCUGGGGUUAAAGAUGCACUUUGAGCACGUAUUUGUCAUUUGCCUUGGCAUAGUAGAUCGAGUUAACGGUAGUAUUUUUUUCAGUCAAACAGCCAUCAACCUGAAAAUGUAUUUUGAAUGUUGAUUCUGUACUUUUUUCUGUAACAAGAAGGAAGCCCAUUUUGCUCUUGCCAACUGACUCCCUGUUCUUUUCACCUGCUGUUCAAACAUUUCUUACUGAACGGUUCAUGCAGGCUGUCUGAACAACACACAUAACACGCUUCCCAAAGGGUCCCCAGACUAAUUCUUUUGUCCCAUUAUCUGCUGUAAAUCAUUGAGGUUCAAAGGAACGGUGCAUCCUCACAGGUUAAAAUGUUCUUUGCAAAAUCAGUGCAAUCCAAGAAGCUGGUGAACUUUUGGAGUUUAGGGCCUGGCAGAACAACUAAAGAGGCUUUGUAUUAUAGUGCAGGGAACAGGAAUCACACAGGAAAAAAUUUUUUAUAGGGGGCGUGCAGCCUUAGAAGAGGGAGUCAAGAGAUAGAGGGUCAUGCGAACCAAAGUGAUCUAAAGCUUCUAUCCUGACAUCCAUUUCAGUGGUGAACAGAAAAGCCUGAACCCAUAGCCCCAGUGGUAGGUGGAGCUGGGCAGUUUUAUCCACGGCCUCGGCAAGAAUGCCUGGGAAGACUGUGGAGGAGCCAGUGCUGGGUGCCCGGAGGAGCUGGCAUUGUAGGGGAAUGUACAACACAAGCUUUCAUUAUCUAAGCACUUGAUCAAGAAGUAUGCCCGUGGUAUAAGCACUCAGUGUUGCUCAUUUAUUGCUGACUUGAUAUAAGCAGAAGUUUCAUGUAUGAUUUGGAGGAGUAGCCUUCUGGCUCCUGAGCUAGGUGUCAACAGAGGGCCUCAGGGCCACAGAGUUCAAAGGCAAACCCCUGUCCCUCACCAUCGUUACACGCAGAUGAAGCAGCAUACAAUCGGUCUGUGUGUGUCCCCAGUCCCUCCCAAACAAGAUGCUGAUUUCUGGGGUACAUUGCAGGUUAAAUGGAACCAGAAGAAGUGACCGAAUAAAAAAGGGAAUGACUUUUUAGGGUAUAAAGAUCUCAUAAGAAAUGUAAUAUGUAAAUUAUAUCUUGCUUUAUGAUGUAAAAUAUACAUUGUUUGCGCUAGAAUAGAAAUGAUUCCUUUUC